UUGUCCCCCAGCAUCAUGCUCCCCCUUCCCCUCCCGAAGCCCCUGCAACAUCCCCAACUCCUGAUCACCACCCAAGAAAUUACAUGGACCGGAGAUCAUCGUGAUCACCUUCCUCACCUUCUCUUUCUGCAUUGCUGUAAUAAACCUAUAGAAGUGAGUGUUGAUGACUGGGAUUGGCUAGUUAAGGAACAUUAUUUUUCUUCAAAAUUUCAGAACAAGGACUCCCAUAAAAUAGAUGGCAGAGAAAAGGUUCAGUUUCGAGGAAAAAAUUAUACUUCUAAUGAUACUAUUGCUAUGAAUGCCGUAUCUAAUCGCCUUCAACAUUUUGCAAUAUAUCGAAGUGGCGAAGGACAAUACGGAACUGAAACCGGACUCGUCGUCUACGCGUUACCAAAAGUUCAACAUGACCAGUUUACUACAGUAUCUGUUAGUGUUUCUGGUGGCUUGGAUGGUCCGACUGAAUAUUUCAAUUCAAUAGUAGUCGGAUGGCAUGCUGAUGGUUACCGAGCUACAGGCUGCUACAACCUUAAAUGCGAAGGUUGCGUACCUCGGGCUAAGCCUUCCAAACUUCCGGGAUUUAAGAUUUAUCCAGUUUCGGAAUAUAAUGGAGUCCAAAGAGUUGUCAAAGUUAAAAUCUACAAGGAUGAGAAAACUGAAAAUUGGUGGCUGCACGUGGACGAUUCACCAAUAGGCUACUGGCCGAAAACUUUAUUCAAAAGUCUAUCUGAAAGCGCCCAAGAAAUCAAUUGGGGUGGAAGCGUCAACUACGGCGAUGACGAGGAAGGUCCUCCGAUGGGUAGCGGUCACUUUCCUGAAGAAGGCGAGAGUAGGGCAGCAGCGAUCCAGAGCAUCCGGUUCGUGAACAAACUCGGGGAGCUCUAUAACUUGACGAAAGACGAAGUUCGUUCUUAUGUCGACAGAAGCGAUUGCUAUAGGGUGGGGGAGUUUUUUGCCGAAGAGAAAGGAUUCAAGUUUUAUUUUGGUGGCCUUGGUGGAAUUCUAGGUAGUUGCGCGCACUAGCGAACUUAAUCGCCAUAAAAUUUCUUCUUUUUGAGAUCCACAAGUAUAAAUCUAGCUGACGAGCAAAUGAUGUUAAUUUUAUUGGAACGAAUAUAUACGUAAUUGGUUUCUAUAACACUAGAUUCAUGUUAUCUUAUUUUCCGUUAGAUA